CGUUGUUCCUCUCUUUCAGGUGGCUUGUGAUUGCCGUUGGGUUAGUUCGAGCAUACCUGGCCAAAGGUAGCUACCAUAGCCUUUACUACUCCAUAGAAAAGCCCCUGAAAUUCUUCCAAACUGGAGCUUUGCUAGAGAUUCUGCACUGUGCCUUUGGCAUUGUUCCCUCUUCUGUUGUUCUGACUGCUUUCCAAGUGAUGUCAAGGGUUUUCCUGACCUGGGCAGUAACACAUAGUGUAAAAGAGGUACAAACUGAAGACAGUGUCCUGUUGUUUGUAGUGGCCUGGACAAUCACAGAGAUAAUCCGUUACUCUUUUUACACCUUUAGCUUGUUAAACCAUCUCCCUUAUCUCAUUAAAUGGGCCAGGUACACUUUGUUUAUAAUAUUGUAUCCAAUGGGAGUCUCUGGUGAAUUACUCACAAUAUAUGCUGCAUUACCCUUCGUCAGGCAGUCUGGCUUGUAUUCCAUUAGUUUACCUAAUAAGUACAACUUUUCUUUUGACUAUUACACAUUCCUGAUCCUGGUUAUGAUCUCUUACAUUCCACUCUUUCCCCAGCUGUAUUUUCACAUGCUACAUCAGAGGCGAAAGGUGCUUUCCCACACUGAGGAGCACAAGAAGUCGGAGUAAUUUCAAUUCUUUCAGAACUUUUCAAACAUCGAAAUGCUGCAGAUUUUCAAUACCCAGCAUAUUUAUAAUAAAUAUACCAAGAUAAAACUGUCAGAGGUAAAAGACCAAUAAUUAGCAAGAAUAACCAAUAAAUCUGAUUUCACUGAAAUUCCACAAUGUAAAACAUUCAAAUUAUUUUCAGCUUGCAGUGCUUCAGAAAACUUCUAAACUCUAUCUGGCUUGGCAGGUAGUCUUUUACUUUUCAUUAUUAAAUGUUGUGCUAAAUGGUUUUCAUUUUUGUUAUUAAAUGCCUGAAGGUUA